GGUAGUUGUAGCAGUCUUAUGUCCGGAAUUGUUUCCAGCUGGAUUCCAUAUCAUUCGGGAAACGCAUCAUAUGAUAGAUAUUGCAUACGACUGGUCAUUGCAGGAAAUGCUUAAUGAAUAUGGAAAUGAUUUGAAUAUGAAAGCUAUUCUUCAACCAAAGCGUUUACAAAUGAAGUGUUUACAAAUGAAAUUACUAUCGAAUGAUACAACAGGGACUCUUAACGCUUUUCAUGAAGCUAUUUUUGCGAAAUGGCCGAAGUUUCCCCAUGGAAUUGGUUGGGCAUCAUAA